AUGGACAGCCUCUUCAACCUCGCCGCGUUUGGCAUUGUUUUCGUCCCAGUCGUCUAUUGGUUCGUGACCCGCCUGGUCCAGUCGCGAUUCCCCCAGCUGCGCGGCAAACGCAUCUGCCUGCUUAUCGCCCACCCCGACGACGAGGCCAUGUUCUUCUCCCCGACCGUCCUCGGCCUCACUCGCCCCGAGACUGGCAACCAUGUCAAGAUUUUGUGUCUGAGCACUGGAAACGCCGACGGGUUGGGCGAAACGCGGAAGAAGGAGCUUGUUAAGAGCGGCAUGCUGCUUGGGCUCAGGAGCGAGGAUGAUAUCUUUGUCUUGGACAACCAACAUGACUUCCCAGACUCGAUGACCACCAAGUGGGAUCACCAGAAGAUCUCUGCCCUCCUCUGCAGCGCCGUCGCUCCCAAUCUCGCUCGCCAACGAGCGAGACCCAACACCGCUCCUACAUCCAGCAUCGACGUGCUUAUCACCUUCGACAACUCUGGUGUUUCCUCCCACCCAAACCACAUCUCUCUCUACCAUGGCGCGCGUACCUUUAUAUCCGCCCUUGUCAAGGGGAAGAGCAAAUUCCCAUGCCCGGUGGACCUCUAUACGUUGACCUCGGUGAACUUCUUCCGCAAGUACUCCUCAAUCGGUGAUGCCCUGACAACCUUGUUCGUCUGGGCGAUCGGUCCCAAGAACGACGAGGACCACCCAAAGAGCCUGGUGCUAAUGAGCACUCUGUUUGGGGAGGGUGCGUCGCGGGGAACCGCCUGCAAGGCGAUGACAGACGCGCACAAGAGCCAGAUGGUCUGGUUCCGCUACGGAUGGAUCUUCCUGAGUAGGUAUAUGAUGAUUAAUGAGCUACGACUGGAGCACGUCGAAGGCGCAAGCAAGUAG